AGACUGCCAAAUCGGCUGAUAAGCGAGGGGAAACAGCUACAAACACCAUUAUCUCAAUUGAAUAAUAGAACAGCGAGAUAGAGCUGAGGGUUUCCUGGGAUCCGGGACGGAAGAGACGGGCAGAUAAGGCAAAAAAGCGCGGAGACUGGCAUUUUAACUGUAAGUGCCGGUCACUUUCCAAUAGCUCGAUUUCUCCGGUGAUCAAACUGCGCAGCUCAGUCGCUUGUUGAAGGUCAGAGGCAAAGGAAUGGCAUCGCGAAGUGAGAAGAUCGGAAUAAUUGGGAGUGGCUUGAUCGGGGGCUCCUGGGCAAUGCUAUUUGCUUCUGUGGGCUACCAAGUCACCAUCUACGACAUCAUUCCUGAGCAGGUUGACAAAGCGCUGCAACAUAUCCAGGCGGAACUCAAGAAACUCGAAGCUGGAGGGCUUCUCAGGGGAAAGUUGUCCGCUGUUCAGCAGUUUUCCUGCAUUCGAGGAUCUACGGAUCUCGCUGCCACGCUGAAGGAUGCGAUCUUCGUGCAGGAGUGCGUCCCAGAGGUCCUGGAGCUUAAACUGAAAGUCUAUAAGGAAUUGGACAAGUAUGUUGACUCUCGGACGAUCCUGUCCAGCUCUACGAGCACAUUCAUGCCUUCACUGUUCAGCAAGGACUUGAAGCAUCGCGAUCAAAUCAUCGUCUCUCAUCCAGUAAAUCCCCCUUACUACGUGCCUCUUGUGGAAGUUGUUCCGGCUCCAUGGACUCGUCCGGAAGUGGCACAGAAGACACGCGCCAUUAUGGAGGAGAUUGGGCAGAAGCCUGUGUCGCUGAGUAGGGAGAUCGAGGGAUUUGCCCUCAACAGGAUUCAGUAUGCAAUAUUGAACGAGGUGUGGCGACUCGUGGCCGAUGGAAUCCUCAGUGUAAAGGAUAUCGAUAGUGUGAUGUCCGACGGUCUGGGCAUGAGAUAUGCUUUCCUGGGUCCUCUAGAAACAGCUCAUCUGAACGCAGAAGGUAUGUUGAGCUAUUGCGAUCGCUACAGUAAGACCAUCUUCGCUGUGAGUGAGACAAUGGGGCCCACACCGCGGAUGGAAGGACCUCAGGCAGCAGAAGUGGCCAAGCAGCUGGAGGAAAUGUGUUCUCUAGACAAACUGGCUGAGAGACGCGCUUGGCGCGAUGAUUGUCUAACAAAGCUGAGUUCAUUGAAGAAACAACAAGAGAAAAAGGAUUAAAGAAUAAUUUUCUGAAUAAUUUUCUUGCCGAAUAAAGAAUGCAAGUGA